GACUAAUGAUGAAGCUGAGACGGUGAGCUGUGCUUGUGGCCAGACGAGGCGAGACCUUUAAAUACAGACCUUUGGAUUUCUGGGUCACGUGACUGUGGCUCUACAACCUGCCUCUUCGCGGCCGGCUGUCCCUCCUCAGCACUGACAAAGGAUGGCAGAGGCUCCCGUGUCAUGUGACUGUUUUGUGUCUUUGCCCCCCGGCUCUCGUGAUGACCACGUAAUCUUUGGGAAGAACUCAGAUCGUCCCCGGGAUGAGGUCCAGGAGGUGGUCUACUGUCCUGAAGCAUCUCACCCUGCAGGUUACAUGCUGGAGUGCACAUACAUCCAGAUUCCCCAGGUGAUGCAUACACAUGCCGUCAUCCUCAGUAAGCCUGCUUGGAUGUGGGGAGCUGAAAUGGGAGCCAACGACCAGGGAGUCUGCAUCGGGAACGAAGCAGUCUGGACCAGAGAGCCGGUCGCACCUGAAGAAGCUCUGCUUGGAAUGGACCUGGUCCGUCUGGGCUUAGAGCGUGGCAACAGCGCCUGGGCAGCGCUCUCGGUGAUCACUGACCUCCUGGAGCAGCACGGCCAGGGGGGGCAGUGCAGAGAGGAUCCUGCGCCGUUAAGCUACCACAACACCUUCCUGCUGGUGGACCGCAACGAGGCCUGGGUGCUGGAAACCGUCGGGAGACUGUGGGUGGCACAGAAGAUCACAGAGGGUGUGAAGAACAUCUCCAACCAGCUGACCAUCAGCACGGAGAUCUCUGCAGAGCACCCGGAGCUGCGGAGCGUAGCCCGGGCUCAAGGCUGGUGGGACGGCGAAGGCGAGUUCAGUUUCUCUCAGGUGUUCGGUGCUGAGAACCCACCUGCCAGGAUGGAGCUGGCCAUACAUCGCUACAAGGGAGGCACAGAGCUACUCCAGCAACAUCAUGGCUCAGUGACUGCAGAGGUGAUGAUGUCCAUUCUGAGGGACAAGUCCAGUAGGAUCUGCAUGGAUUCUGAGGAGUUUUGCACCACAGGCAGCAUGGUGUCUGUCCUUCCCAGAGACACCAGCCUGCCCUGUGUUCACUUUUUCACCGCCACCCCAGAUCCUUCAAGGUCUAUAUUCAAGCCUUUUGUCUUCUCCGACUGCACCACGCCAGUGCUGAGGGUGGUCUCGCCACAGUUUGGCCCAGACGACCCUAUCAGGAAGCAGCCUCGCUUUCAGAACCAAGUGGACCGUAGACACGAUCUGUACAAGGCCCACCAGGUGGCGCUAAACUCCAUGAAGACUAACCCGGAUGAGGGAUUAGCCGUCUACGACAUUUUGAGGGACUUGGAGUCCCAGUGUCUAAGUGACAUUUCAGCCUUGCUGAGUGGCGAGAUAUCUGAACAGGAACUGGGGGACUUGUUCUUUGACUGUGUGGAUACAGAGAUUAAAUUCUACCAGUGAGCGCCCUCACGUGGACGUCCGUCAUGCUCACAGGGCUGCAGGAGAAGGCUCUGCAACUGUUCACGCCUGAGUUCCUGCUUUGACCGGCCUCCACUCAACUCACCCAAACACCUCCCUGACACCAUUCCAUCAUUAACACAGACUAAUGCCUAAAGUGCACAGCGUGUAAAUCAUGUGCAUCGUGCCGGGAUCCGUGACUGCACCUCAUUAGUGGCUAUAACACCGUAGACUACACAGGCACCUAUGUAUGUAGAAUGGUGUGACUUUACACAAAUACUGUAAGUGUGGUAGCUGUUUAUUAGCCUGACCAUUGUUGCUGCAGAGGAACUGGAUGUCAUUGUUGGCUGCCUGUAGGAAAACGAUCCAAUAAAGAAACUGUGUAGUCCUUCA